AGCGAAAAUAGGUUAAGAAAACGUAGCUACGGUUCAUUUCAUUUCAUGUAUAUCAAAGUUCGGCUGGACUCGGGUGGAUUACAGCCCUACCAGCAAGCGCCAUGACAUUUCACUGUUAAACAGUACAGCGACUCUUUCUCCUCUUUAUCUAAUCUGAAGUUGGUUUUUUUCUUUUUCCUAUUUAGACAAAGUGCAAGAAAUUAAUAAUGGGUACAGCGGAAAAUCAAUCAGAGCAACUGGAAGCAACGUCUGAGAGUGUUGAUGCAUUGCUCGAGGCUGCUAGAUAUGAUGAUAUUGAUGACAUUAAAAGCUUAGCAUCUUCUGGGAUUUCUCUUGAUUCCAAGGAUUCUUUUGGCCGUACAGCACUUCAUAUGGCUGCUGCUAACGGGCAUCUUGACAUCGUGGAAUAUCUUAUCAGCCAGGGAGUGGAUCUCAAUGCAUCUAAUGAGGAGAAGAACACAGCUCUUCAUUGGGCCUGCCUUAAUGGUCAUAUUGAGGUGGUUAAAAAGUUGAUUCUUGCUGGAGCAAGUUUAAGCCUUCUAAACUGCCAUGAGCGGACUCCAGUGGAUGAAGCUGUUACCCGAGAAAAAAUGGAUGUUAUUGAUGCAAUUAAUGCAGCUGUGGCCCAACUGGAACUUGCUGGUGUUCAGGUUUCCUAACGCAGCAACUUUCUGGUAUAAAGCAUAGUUUGAUAUUCUCACAGGAUGUCAAAGAAGGCAGGAAAAGGUAGUUUGUUCCGAGUCGGAAGGCUUACUUUGCGAAGAAUUUUCUCAAGUGAAGCAUCUUGAAUUAUGCUUGCCACUAUAUUACUGAUGCCAAUGGAGGAAUAAAGGAAAAGGUUGUCACUCACACUCAUCAAUCUCCCAAGAUUCAUCCUUUGGGCUCUUUUUUGCCUAAAUGUUGGCUUUACAUUGUAAAGGUGCAAUGCAUACUCUUUUAGAUAACAUUUUGUGUGAUGAGAAUUUUCUUUUACUGAUAAAAGUAAUCUUUCCAUAGGAGGAUUCAUUAACACUUACUGAUAAAAAUUUUCUAGUUUCUGGG